GGGUGGGGAGUGGAGAGCGAGCGGCCGAGGACGGCGCCUGCGCGGUGGGCGUGAUCCGGGCACUUAGGGCAGGAUGAACGCUGCUUUCCAAGAUGGCGACGGAGGGAGGAGGGAAGGAGAUGAACGAGAUUAAGACCCAAUUCACCACCCGGGAAGGUCUGUACAAGCUGCUGCCGCACUCGGAGUACAGCCGGCCCAACCGGGUGCCCUUCAACUCGCAGGGAUCCAACCCUGUCCGCGUCUCCUUCGUAAACCUCAACGACCAGUCUGGCAACGGCGACCGCCUCUGCUUCAAUGUGGGCCGGGAGCUCUACUUCUAUAUCUACAAGGGGGUCCGCAAGGCUGCUGACUUGAGUAAACCAAUAGAUAAAAGGAUAUACAAAGGAACACAGCCCACUUGUCAUGACUUCAACCACCUAACAGCCACAGCAGAGAGCGUCUCUCUCCUAGUGGGCUUUUCCGCAGGCCAAGUCCAGCUUAUAGACCCAAUCAAGAAAGAAACCAGCAAGCUAUUUAAUGAGGAAGGCAGAGACUCAGCCACUGGUAAGGCAGAGUGUAGGCCUGCUUGUCAAAGCCAUGUAGUCUCUUUGUGUCUUCCUCACCAGACCCUUCCCUUGCCCACCUGCCACAUCAUGAGAACAUACUUGCGUGCCCCAGCUCUGCCUGAUGUCUGGUGCUGGUACAUAACACCCUCAGACGUGUGGAGAGAAUGGACUGUAAGUUCUUCAUAUGCGCUGCAGAUAGAAAGACUAAUAGACAAGUCACGCGUAACCUGUGUCAAAUGGGUUCCUGGUUCGGAAAGCCUUUUCCUAGUAGCCCAUUCAAGUGGGAGCAUGUACUUAUAUAAUGUGGAGCACACUUGUGGCACCACAGCCCCCCACUACCAGCUCCUGAAGCAGGGAGAGAGCUUUGCGGUGCACACUUGCAAGAGCAAAUCCACGAGGAACCCUCUCCUUAAGUGGACAGUGGGCGAGGGGGCCCUCAACGAGUUUGCUUUCUCCCCAGAUGGCAAGUUCUUAGCGUGUGUGAGCCAGGACGGGUUUCUGCGUGUGUUCAACUUUGACUCAGUGGAGCUGCACGGUACAAUGAAAAGCUACUUUGGGGGCUUGCUUUGUGUGUGCUGGAGCCCAGAUGGCAAGUACAUUGUGACAGGUGGAGAGGACGACUUGGUGACAGUUUGGUCCUUUCUAGACUGCCGAGUAAUAGCUAGAGGCCAUGGGCACAAGUCCUGGGUCAGUGUUGUAGCAUUUGAUCCCUAUACUACUAGUGUAGAAGAAAGUGAUCCUAUGGAGUUUAGUGGCAGUGACGAGGACUUCCAGGACCUUCUUCACUUUGGCAGAGAUCGAGCGAACAGUACACAAUCUAGGCUAUCCAAACGGAACUCUACAGACAGCCGCCCUGUAAGUGUUACGUAUCGGUUUGGUUCAGUGGGCCAGGAUACACAGCUGUGCUUAUGGGACCUUACAGAAGACAUCCUUUUCCCUCACCAGCCCCUCUCAAGAGCAAGGACACACACAAACGUUAUGAAUGCCACAAGUCCGCCUGCCGGAAGCAAUGGGAACAGUGUCACUACACCUGGGGACUCUGGGCCCCCUCCAUUACCGCGGUCCAAUAGCCUUCCACACUCAGCAGUCUCCAAUGCUGGUAGCAAAAGCAGCGUCAUGGACGGGGCCAUUGCAUCUGGGGUCAGCAAGUUUGCAACUUUGUCGCUACAUGACCGGAAGGAGAGACACCACGAGAAAGACCAUAAACGAAAUCAUAGUAUGGGACACAUUUCCAGCAAGAGCAGUGACAAACUGAACCUAGUUACUAAAGCCAAAACGGACCCAGCUAAAACUCUGGGGACAUCCCUGUGUCCUCGGAUGGAAGAUGUUCCCUUGUUAGAGCCACUGAUCUGUAAAAAGAUAGCUCAUGAGAGACUGACGGUAUUGGUUUUUCUUGAAGACUGUCUAGUCACUGCUUGUCAGGAGGGAUUUAUUUGCACAUGGGCAAGGCCUGGUAAAGUGUCGGCAGAGCAGUUCUGCAGGCAGGAGGACAGAGUGCAAGGUGUUCUCCAAGACCAGAACUAAAGGUGCGGCAGCUCCAGAAGAGGGUGCUGGUGCUGGAGGGCGGGGCUCCUCUCCCCUUGUGCCCUGCAAACAGAGGUGGUGGGGUGUCAUGGGGUUGCAACAAUUGUCAUGGUGGUUCCUGAUCCCCAGAGAAUGAGAAACAGUGCCACUGUGCUUCCACAGUAGCCACCCAGAGAAAUUUUGGGCGCAUGUUUUAGUUUUCUCAACAAACAUUGAGCUUCGUCAUCAAAACUUCCCUGAGCAUUUCAUGAGCAGGACUGUCUUUGGUAACUAGCGCCUGGAGUAAAGCAGCUUUUACCAAGAGGUUCCUACAGGCAGAAUUCCAGUCUACAUGGUAUAGCCCAGAGUCCUGCUGGGGCUCGGUGAGGGCACCACUGUACAGGUGGACCCUCCUGCCUCUCCUGCUUGCCCACCACAGGCAACCUUUCUGCACUGUAGCUAUGGUGAACUAGCCCCCGGCUUCCCCAGCUUCCCCUCUCUGUGCCUGUGGUGCCAGGGAUUACACCAAAGCCCUCAACUCCUGCCAAGCUGCUGCUGCUCCUCUGAGCCACACCCCAGCUCUCUGAGAGGCCUAGAGGCUGUACUUUCUUUUAAAAGCAGAUGCUCCAGAGAGACUGGGUGACACCUGCAGCUAGUAGCUUCGGCCUCCAAAUCAGCCUGCACGGGGUAAAGAACAUCGUUUGUCCUAAUGGUUGAGUUAAGUGCUCUGGGAGCCACUGAGAUCGGGAUGCCAGGGGAUGCCAUUAGAGAAGCCAGAGAUGGAGAGCAGCAGCCACAGUGUCUGAAAGGCACACUUAAAUUAGGUGGGACAGGGCCACAGAGCUGCAGUUUCUGGGGAUGUGUAAACACAGCUCACCCCAGGGGUGGCCAGUAGCACCUCUGUGUUUGUCUUAAACACCCAUUCUCCCAUCCUGUGAUGCACUCUGAAUUUUUAAUACAUUCUAACAUUACUGAAUUUGUACUAAAAUUAAUGAGCCCGCCUUAGCACAUGUGUAUACUUGUGUGCAAGAUCCUCUCACCUCUUGCUGGAGGGAGAUAUUUUCUUUGUUGAGCAAGCUCAGAAGUGUGAGGAGUAACAAGACACAAGACACAGAGGGCCAGAAAGGAUCCUGUGGAAACCCAAUGCCACCUGAGGGAAAACUAGGGAGAGCUUAGCAGUGGCUCUCCCAUUGGCUGAUCUUGGAGUGUAGGCUGUGCUGUGGGCAGCCAGGCUGAAGGAGCCCUUACACAUCUUGGCUCAGGGCCAGCUGCACCACUGAGGCACUCAUGUCCACUGUUGAGGUCCCCUCCUACCCCCGGAACCUCCACGAAUUUCUCUGGGUAGGCCUGAGACUGACUUGAAGACAUGGCCUCUGGCUGGAGUUUGGUUUCUAAGGCUGAACUGCUGUCUCUCCUGGGAAGACAUGGGGGAGCCACCAUAUCCACCAUGCCCUGUUUAUGUCAGAGCAUGCCGUUUGCCUUGGGUGGACUGGACCAGCACAAGCUGGCUUAGGUUAACAAGGUGCUUCUCAAAGUGCUAUGUGGUGUCUGUCCCAGCGAGAGAUGUCAGUGUGGCACUGGUAAACCCUGUGGCUCAUUGUGGAAAAGCACUUGUAUUCAACUGUUACCUUGAAACUCAGAUCCCAGAUUCAACUGUAAGAAUACUGUCUCACGGAGCAACUGUCCCGCGAGGCUGGGUUUUUCACUCAUGCUGCAGUUAGUACAUCAUCUCUGUGUCAAUUCCUCACUCUUGAGUUAAAAGUAUAAAUAUAAAAAUCCUGCAUUUUAACUGCUGUGUACUUGGGUUUCAAAGAUUGUUAUUAGGUGACAUUGUGUAAAGUUGUAUGGGUUUAUUUAUGUUCAGUGAAAGUCAAGGUAAAAUGUGUAUUCCUUUCUUACGUUUUCAUCUGAUCUCUUCACAACUUGAAUAAAUUUCCUGAAGAGCCCUCCUGCCGUGGACCACCAGGAACGCGAGCUCCUGAUGUUGCAAUAACCAAUGAAGCUUGAAUAUCAGUACUGUUACUCAUUUCCUGACAACUGUGUUUGUUUCAUUGCUCUGUCUUUUAGCUGUUCCCCUGUCCCUGUCACAGCAGAAGACUUACCAUACACUUGACUUCUGAAGCACUGGAGGCUGUCCUCUGUAUAUUGACAUUGAAUAAACGUGUGAAUGCACUGUAAA